AUUACAGUCACUGUCCUGCGUUAUUUUUAAAACGAGUUUUUAGGACUAGGGCAAUAAAGGUGCCUAUGUUGAUGGGAUUGCUGUACCUUCCAGUAAAUUGAGGAAAUGUGUGUUUGAGUGCCAACUCUCUACCGCUACCCAGGCUCCCUGGCUCCCUUUCGCCCUUGCCUCCUGGAUGUGAAACUCGAGUUUCUGUACCCGUUCCUGGCAGUUUUAGGUUUUGUGUCGGAUUUCCUGUCUAGAAGCAGAUACCAAGAUUUUAACUGGUUCAUGAUGUUUCCUUCCAAUUGUAAACACUUACAAUAUAUUGGGUUGACACUGAAAUCACUGCUUUCAUGAAUGAUUUUUAGUUACUCGAGUAAAUAUUCGCUUUUUAAAUUGUUUAUUUUUUAUUUUGGUAUCAUUAGUGUACACUUACAUGAGCAACACUGUGGUUACUAGAUUUCCCCGUUACCAAGUCCGCACGACAUACCCCAUUACAGUCACUGUCUAUCAGCAUAGUAAGAUGCUAUAGAAUCACUACUUGCCUUCUCUGUGCUGUACUGCCUUCCCCGUGCCCAUCGCCCCAGCCCCCUGCACUAUGUGUACUAUUCGUAAUGCCCCCUUUUCCCCUUAUCCCCCGCUUCCAACCCAUCCUCCCCAGGCCCUUACCUUUGGUAACUGUUGGUAGCCUUCUUGGGUUCUGAUUCAGUUUUUUCUUUGUUCUUAUACUCGACAUAUGAGUGAAAUCACUUGAUACUUGCCUUUCUCCGCCUGGCUUAUUUCACUGAGCAUAAUACCCUCUAGCUCCAUCCGUGUUGUUGUGAAUGGUAGGAUUUGUUUUCUCCUUAUGGCUGACUAAUAUUACAUUGUAUAUAUGUACCACAUCUUCUUUAUCCCUUCAUCUAGUGAUGGACACUGAGGUUGCUUCCAUAUCUUGGCUAUUGUAAAUAAUGCUGCGAUAAACAUAGGGGUGCAUAUGUCUUUUUUGGGUCUGUGAUUCUGUUUUGUUAGGAUAAGUUUCUAAGAGUGGAACUCCUGGAUCAAAUGCUAUCUCUAUUUUGAGUUUUUAGUUGAGCGGACGUGGUCCUGAACAUUUCAACACAUGGACCAGCGAUGACUGGCCCGUCUGGCACCCUGGGGAGAAGGCUUGAAAGCUGGCCUCCUGCGUGUCCCUGGAGUAAUAGCAGAGUUGGCCUCCAGAGAUCGCGGUAGUGUACCCAAUACGUCCCGGAGAGGUCUGGUAGCCAUUAACAGAGGAGCGACUGGCUUCUGUGUAUCACGCCUUGCUGGCUAUGGAGCCCAUCACCGGAACAGCCCCGACCAAGGGGUCAUACCUGCAUGUGUCUUCGGCCUGUGGCUGGGAGCGGAGUCAGCGUCUGGAAGGGUGACUUCCUAAGUCGACACAACGAGGUGCUCUGUCUACACCCGAGGAUCCAGACUUCCCUUCUUUCGGGCCGGUGCAACCAGGCCUCCGGGGUCCCGGGAGCGCUCACACAGCAAGCAGGCUGCGGUCUCGCCUCCACACCGGGAGCUCUGGGUCAAACGCUUGGAUCUGGAAGGCAGGUGGCUCUGGCCUCAGGUGGCCCCUCCUUCCUCGCCCAGCCUCCAGAUCCCACGAUCCCGUGUUCCCCCCGCUGCCGUCCGGCACCCCCGCCCCCAGAUCCCAGCUGCUCACGCACCUCCUCACACUCUUCCCGGGAGACCCAGGCCCUCCAGCCCAUGGACUGGGCGAAUUGGACUCGCCGUUGGUGGAAGAGGAGACGCCGGGCACGGUUGUUCCCGUAGAGGAGCCAAAGGAUGGCCUGCUUGGGGCCCUCGUCGUCCUCCUCCAUGUCGUUGGCCAGGUAGCUGGGGAGAGACAUCGGGCUGCUGGUCAGCAGCAAGAUGGGAAGGAUCCCCAGCCGAGGUCAGCUUCCAAGGAGAGGCCCAGGCUGAUCUUCACAGAGGACCUACGGGAGCCCUACCAGCGCCACACGGGGCCACGCAGUCAUCAAGAAGCCACUGCGGGGCAGGGACCUGAAGGGCACCUCUCACACCUGGAUGCUGAAGACAAAGGCCCUCGGGGAGGCCUGAGGGCGAGCAGGGCAGCUUCCAUGCAAUGUCCCCAUCAUCUGCCCUGUGCCCUUCAAACCGGCUGUAUGUGCACACCCUGCGGCUCCCUGCGGAGGCGUCCAGAGGGCAGGAACUGACUAGCCGGUUUCUGUAGUCAUAGCUUCCCUCCCACGGGGCUCAGGCUGGAGGAUGGGUGCCACGUGCCCUUCUCAAGGCUCUCCUCCCAGCCCUCCUAGUCCCUGGCACGGAAUGCAGUCUACAAGAUUUCACUGGAUGGAUGGAUGGAUGCUUUUAUCUCACAGUCAAAUGCCAUACCGAUCGCCUCAUGGACUCAGUGUAACUUAAACGUUUGCAACGCAAAGUAGCGUGCUGAGGGCUUUGUGAACAUGCGGAUAUUUUGACAAGACCUGCCUGCAGCGGUGUCUGGUCUGAUGGUUUGGAGAAGGGGAGGGGGGUGACAGGAAGUAACUAUUACCCAGAACGUGACAUGGCACUAGGAUUUUAGCUGAUGUGCUACUGGGGGACCACAGUUAGGGGGCCAGGGGAGGCGUGGUAACAGUCGUGCUCUUUGCACCGACUUUAAGGAGUGGUCGUUUUCUUCCAAUAUAUAUGUGUGUGAAAGACACCUACAAGUCAGAAGACACAAUGUGAACACAGAGGGAAGGGAUUUCAGACGGAGCAUUGGAACAAAGCAGUGCAAUAUGAGGACCAUAAGCAAGUGUGAUGCUGACUGUGGGGACGGCUGAGUUCAGACUGAGAAGGCUGGCCCCGGCUUAGAACCCCCUUAGCUGGUGACAUUGCUGAGGAGGGGCGGGGAGCAUUAGAAAUGUGUUCUCGGAGGAUUUGGGGCACGUAAAGCCUUGUAGGAAGCACGGGUGGGGAGUGCCUACGCUCGGUCUGUGUCACAUGACGAGGGCCUGCACUGUGGCGUCUGCCUGGGAACCCAGAGGACGACGGUCCACUCGAUGUGGACUCGGGCAGGUGAGCGGCCGAGGCUUUGGAGGCGGUGCGGUCUCAAGCCUGGCCACGUGGGGACAGCGUGGUGCCCAUUCUGUCCCUCCUCUUAGGAGGGUUUUAUGUGGUCCUUCGUUUGUUCCCGUGUUUUAAGUGGUGUUAGGGUUGUCUGUCUCCACAGACAGCAGUAUAGAAACCGCUCUGUUAUAAUCCUGUCCUUCGCAUACCAAAGUGAACGGUACACGUGGAGUGAGAAAGCAAAUAGAUGCAACGUCAGAGUCCCACACCCCUCCCUCCGCCCUCCCGGAGGACUGAACGUUGACGGCCGGCCACUGACAGCAAUACUCACAGAGCUAUGAAGAAGUGAAUUGUCUGGUACUGCCAGGAGGGGAGGCCAGCCCGGCUGAAAUACGCUAUGACCAUGGCCAGGAGAUACUGAGGGAGAGGAGAACGCCACAGGAGAGCGGUCACAUCCCAGAAGAAGAAGGACGGAGGGGUGAGGGAGGGGGAGGCUGGGGGCAGACCCCGCCCGUGCGGGGAGAGGGACUUUAGGAUGCUCCUGGAUGGCAGGCUUUGCCGGUGUGACGCCGGGUAUCUAGGACAGCUGCCAUCAGAAGGGUCUUUGAUAAGCUGGCACAAAGGGGAGUCCCCAGGGCUGAGGCGACAAGGGACUUGCCAGUCACAACCAAAGGGGCGGACCCCAGGGGAGUGGGGGUGGGGGCAGGGCUGCCCAUUCACACGCAAGGAGCCUCCAGGCCCCGCAAAGGGCAGUGUGGACAAGGCACCGAGUUGGAGAGGGAGGCGAGACUGUGGGUUCAGAAGGCAUCCCUCCAGCCCCCCAGGGUAGAUGCUGGAGAGAGAACACAUGUCAGUGGACAAAGUUACCUUGUCAGAUACCCUCAGAUUUUUGUCCCAGGCCAGGAAUCUUUUAACAACAGGGUCCCCUGGGAAGAGAGGCACAGGUUAGACGGACAGCCGGAGCAGGGCUGAGCAGUGAGCAGCCGUGCCUCCUGACGGGACCUUUCGGGGUGGGGAGGCCGAGGUGCACUCAUUGGGCCAGAAAGAUGGUGCCAGCCUUCUUUGGUGGCUGGGGGUGCGGGGGCAGGUGUCAGUAGGUGAUGUGCACAGGUCUGAUCCUACAGAAGGUGGUGCUCCAUCACCGUGCAGGAAGGCAUCGUCUCCCUUGACGGUCACAUCAGCGCGCCCAAUGGCCUGUCAGCACCCCGCACGCUGACGGAGGCAUUUAGAUAUGAAAGCCUCAGGGGUGCAGUGGAAGCAGAGCUUUCGUGUGCCGAGUGCAGACUGCUUCUGCCUCUGGCCUAAUCCUCCCUCAUUUCUAAGUGUUCCCGGAGGAGUCCUCUGGGAGCAGAGAGGUCACCAACUGGCAGGGAAUUCUUUUCCAUUGGAAAAGCAUAGUCGCUGGAAGUUUCUCUCAAGGGGAAUGGGCUCAGGGUUCCCCCUACCAAGCAGCCUUUUGAAGGCCUCGUGGUGCUCGGGCAGCACUGGGGACACCCGCCGUCGCUUCAGCCUCAUCUUGAGGCCGCACAGCAUGUCCGGGACCCAGGCGUCCUCCUCGCCCUGGGCUGCCUCCUCCGACUCCUCCUGGAGAGCGGCCGACCUCGCCCGCUUCCCGCGCCGGCCGGAGUCCGCUGGCAUUGGGCUGCUGUGUGCCUGGGCUGCUGGGCAAAGAAACCAGGCGACAGCGUCCAGCUGUUGUCUUUGGGAUUCGUCCCUCGGUCCCCGUGUCCCCUCCCACUCCACUCCAACUACCCCCAAAAGACAAGCUGCCCCCAGUGUCUCUGCUGUCGCAGACCGUGGCCGCCUCCCCAGCCAUCUCUCCAUCCUUCUCCUUUACUGGCAGCCAUUUCUAAGUGACCCCGGAGGAGUCCUCUGGGAGCAGAGAGGUCACCAACUGGCAGGGAAUUCUUUUCCAUUGGAAAAGCAUAGUCGCUGGAAGUUUCUCUCAAGGGGAAUGGGCUCAGGGUUCCCCCUACCAAGCAGCCUUUUGAAGGCCUCGUGGUGCUCGGGCAGCACCGGGGACACCCGCCGUUGCUUCAGCCUCAUCUUGAGGCCGCACAGCCUGUCCACGACCCAGGCUUCCGCCUUGCCCGGGGCUGCCUCCUCCUCCGACUCCUCCUGGAGAGCGGCCGACCUCUCCCGCUUCCCGCGCCGGCCGCAGCCCUCUGGCAGAGGGCUGCUGUGUGCCUGGGCUGCUGGGCAAAGAAACCAGGCGACAGCGUCCAGCUGUUGUCUUUGGGAUUCAUCCCUUGGGGUCCCUGAUUCCCCUCCCACACCACUCCAAGUACCCCCAAAAGACAAGCUGCCCCCAGUGCCUCUGCUGUCGCAGACCGUGGCCUUGUCCCCACGCCUACACCCUCGCCCUCCAGUCCCUGGCCUUCUGAGUCUCUCCUUCCUGCGCACAAGGCCCCCCUGGGUAGGCCUUCCUGCCGUCGGCACCCCCUCCUCAAGCCCCUCGUCCCUCCGCUGCCUCACCUGGCGGCCCUGAUCUUUCUGCCCCCAGCAUCACCUCCGGCGGGUGCCCGGAGGGGCCGGGCCGGGGCCUCUGGCUCACGGCCUGGGAACUCGGUGGAACGCUGGCCAUGAUUUGUCCCCAACUCCUGCCCUCUCCGGGACCAGACCCUGUCCAAACUCCUCCUGUGGAUUCUCACUGAACGUGAGCCCGUUAUCCCUACUCCAGGCUGAGGAGACGCUAGGAGUGGAGAAAGCUCUGCGAAGAUGCUUCUGGCUACCUGUGCUGCCAAGCACCUGCCAACCAGGAGGGUCGGAACCCUCGUGAGGUCAUAGGUUGCUGCAACCUAGCAACCAGUUUGAAGGAAAAACAGGCAACUGCCAGUCCAAUCCGAACAGGGGCAAACAAUGUCUCCUGCCACUGGCCCAAGGUCUGACCAUCCCCCAAGAUGAUCCUCGAGCCGUCCAGGUCACCUUUCAGCCCUCCCCCCCAGAUGACGUGUCCUCUCCACUCUCCACUUGACACACGGGUGGACUCUCGCCCUCUGUCACGUUCUCCUACAGAGCAUGUCUAGUGAGUGGCUAGGAAAUUCAGGGUAAGCAGAAACAGUCAGCCCUACAAGAGUGACGUAGGUAUGUAAGAAAGAUCCCAGGUACAUUGACUUGGACUCAAAAGUUAACUUUAAAGCACUUGGCAGAACAGAGCUCUUGUGCUCAGUGUUCACUGACACUAGGUUCAGGAUUCUGUACAGAGGGACGCAUCCUCACCCCUCAGGCACCUCUGAGCCCAAGAGAACAUUUUGAGGACCCGGAAUCAGAGACUGUGGUAUCCGUGCUCACGCCCACUUCAAAUGGUGCCUACAAUUUCAGCAAGUGUAUGGAUUUCCCAGAGCCUGCCCCUCAAUGCCAAUGAAGAAAGUCUAUUCUCUGUAUAAAACUUCUGAUCGUGUGUAUCAGCUUGAGCCAGAUGUGUCACCAUCUCUUGU